AUGGGUGUGGUGAUGGGGAAGGAUGAGAAGGUGAAUAUCCCGCAUCUGUACAUGAAGUUGGCAAUGGAUUUGGAGAAGCUUCGGAAUUACCCAUGGGGUCUGUAUUCGUUUGAUUUCCUUCUGAAGCAAAUUGAUAAAACAAGGCAUAAAUUAGAGCAAAAAGAGGGGUAUCUGAUGGAAGGAUUCUUGUUUGGUUUCCAAAUUUGGAUAAUGGAAGCUGUUCCUGCUUUAGGAGAGAUUUGUGGCACAAAAGGGAUUUUGCAUUCAUUCAUGGAAUCCCACAUAGAUGGAGUGGUCCUUUUGGCAACUGAUUUUGUACAGAAGGAUGAGAAGAAAGAUGAAAGAGUAGAUCGCAUUUUGGAUAUGAUCAAUAGUAAACAUGAUUGGAACAAUCAUGUUUGGAGAGUAAAAGAAGCUACGAACUCUGAAUUUGAGGAAUCUGGCGAAGAGAAAGGAGAGGAUCAAAUAGCUGAUACUGAGAGAGGUGAAAAUAGUCAUGUUGCAGGGAAUGUUGAUGGCACAGCUGAUGUUUCGGGAAGAAACAAGAGAAAGCAUGCAGACCGAGGAGCAGAGUCAAGGAAGAAGAAUGUUUUGUGCCACCUAGCUGCUUCAUCAAAAGGGAAUAUUGACACAGAUAUGAAAAAUUUCUUGGAGGAUCUGCAGUUCUCGGACAGGUUGGGUAAGAUUGAGACUGAGGUUACACAACUCAGGACAGCUUCGGAGAAAACUGAGCAAUUUGAGACAGUUGUAACCGACAGAUUGGGGAAAAUUGAGGCUGAGGUUACACAGCUCAGGACAACUUUAGUGGUGACUGAAUUGGUGGGAAAGAGUGAUCAAGCAAGCGGUCCUAGCAUGACCAAAAUCAACAGUGGUCCUAGCACCAGCAAAAAAGGUACUGCUCCAUCAAAGAAAAAGGCUGUAAAAAACCAAGAGUUAAAGACUGCUGAUUCGUGUGUCAAUUUACCUCGUGCAAAAGUUACUCAAUCAUCAGCUAGUGAUCUUCGUAUGGGUACACAAGAGUUUUUGGAAAGUUGCAUGAAGAACCUUCCAUUAGACACAUUUGUGAAAGGUUUGAAUCCUUCUCAAGCUAAAGUCGAAGAUUCAUUGGAUUGGUUGGAACUUCCAAAAUCAUUAAAGAAGCCAACAGAUACAUUGGAACUUCUAAAAUCAUUGAAGAAGCCAGCGAUUGGUCCAUCUAUGUUAGACGGUGAUCUAGCCGGACGUAUUAUGUCUGCCAGCAGUUGGCUUAAAAACUACGAAAUUGAUGCUAUAAUGUAUGUUUUUCGGGAAAGAACAACAUUGAAACUAUGGAACGUAGACCGUGUUGCUUUCAUGACAUGCGUCUUCAGCGACCUCAUUGCUAAGGAUUACCAGAAUUUCUGUAAGGGUAUUAAGAAAUACACUAUGGAUCCAUUAUUACUGCAAUACGGUAAAGGUGAACUGCCUUCCCAUGGAAGAACACGGAUGUUGUGGAAUGUCGAUGUGGAUCGGAUGUACGUUCCUGUCUGGGAAGUGGAAGCUUUCGCGCAGCUUAUUCCUCGGAUUGUCAAGGCCGUGCAGUCAUUGACAAUACAUAAGCAUCUCCACAUCACUCCGUACAAUGUUUCCUAUGUACCUAUGAGUGGUCUUAACCGACUUCAAUGUCAUUGUGGUGUGUACACUAUAAAACACAUCGAAUGCCACGUGCUUGGGUUGGACAUAUCUAUGGUGAGUGAUGAGAACAUCUGGGGAGCUCGGAUAAAGAUUAUGUGGGAUCUAUGGGAAGCAGCUAAUGAUCUAGAGCUGAUUGAGAGAAUGUCAAAGUAUGAACCUAUUAAGUGUAGUACGCCUGCCGAGUAUGUUGAGAUUGAUGAUUUAUGA